AUGAAUUUCGGAUCAAUGCUUAGUGUAGGGGGAAACAGUGUUCCAAAGAGACCCCUUCGUGCAAAUCCUGUAUUAGGAACAGAUGGCAGUGCAAUUACAGCCCGAAACUGGUCCGGACUCCACUUACAAGAAGGUAAGUCCAAGACUGAGAUUUUGCCUCGUCUCAUGUUGACACAAUAUAGCAACCUUACGGCAGCCGAGGAACGAGUGAGAGAACUAGAAGCUGUUAUCUCCAAGUUGGUUCCAGGUAUCAACCUGAAAUCCGUCUUGAAAUCUGCUCAACAUGUGCCGCAAGAAUCUAGCGGGACUGAAAAUCCAUCUCUACAGACAGGAUCUGGAAAUGGCAUUGCAUCCGGAGUAGAAAGUCUCCCGAACGAAGCAAAUGGGUUUGAUUGGAUGGAACACGAACUCACAUUUGACCGACUUGUUGAUGGAAUGGCUGCCCUAUCAGUAAACCCCACGGGUGCAGGAUAUCUAGGGGCAACAUCUAGUGUCGCCCCGCUUCGAGCACUUCUGAAUGGAGGACAAGGUCAAGAGUCUGGCUCUUCCUUCAAUAGCCUACAGUUACCUUUCGGCAGUGAUGUUCCGUUCACAAACCGUGUACCUCAGAAUCUGAUGCUCUCGCAUGUUCAUGAGGUCAGCUAUAUUGAUGCAUAUUUUAGCCAUUACCAUACUACAUAUCCGUUUCUACAUGAAGCAACCUUUCGAGCACAAUACAAUGGUACCCAUCCAAAGCCCGAUGGGCUUUCCUGGUUCAUGCUUCUCAAUACUGUUUUAGCUUUGGGCGCCUGGUGUGUUGGAAAUGACCAAACAUCCAUGGAUGACUACUUUUAUCAAAAAUUGCUCAAAGUCACUGCUGAAAGCUCAGUGUUUGAAAGUGGAAAUCUCACACUCGUGCAGGCAUUGCUUUUAUUGAGCAAUUAUACACAGAAACGAAAUCGACCAAAUACAGGCUGGAAUUAUUUAGGUCUCGCCGUUAGGACAGCCGUCAGUUUAGGGUUACACAAGGAUUUCUCUGCCUGGCAGAUCACCCCUCUUCAGCGGGAGAUGAGACGUAGAGUCUGGUGGGGCCUUUUCAUCUUCGACAGUGGAGCAUCCAUCACUUUCGGUCGGCCUGUCCUCUUGCCUCAGCCUGGAUUAAUGGACGUCUCUGAAGUCCUAAAUAUUGAUGAAGAGUCUUUGACAGCAACCUCAGCUGCUCCCUCGUCAGAAAUUGAAGGUCCUACAGUAUACACAGGUCUGAUAGCACAAUCGAAGUUCCACCUUAAAACGAACUCGUUACACGACCGCCUCAUCUCACGUCCCGGACCAUCAAUCCAAGAGAUCCUCGAACUUGAGUGCGAAAUUGACAAGUGUGGUAAAUACCCGCCGAUAUAUUUCCGACAGGAUUCCUCAUCGAUAGGGCAUUAUAGCGCAUUUCUUUUCAGUCAAUACCGCUUUUCCUGGCGAGUGUGGAACAUGAAGAUAAUGCUUCUACGUCCAGUUCUUCUCCGAUGGUCAGCUAAACACAAAGCAGCAGAAGGCAACAAUAUAACGGAGACUGAAGAAGAAAAGCGCUGUCGUCAGAACUGCUUGGAACACGCUCGUGCUACAAUUGCAUCAAUUUCCGAAUUCAUGUCAAUAUGUAAUGACUCGAGAUUGAGCACGUGGUAUAUACUAUAUUUUUUAUUCCAAGCUGCACUAAUUCCAAUCCUUCUCCUAAUGACCGACGCAUCCGACGCAGAUGCUCAAUCGUGGUUACAAGACAUCCUUACGGCACAUGGACUUAUUCAGCGUACAGCAGUCGACAAUGACCUGGCGUUGAGAUGCUUGUCAAUGCUCAAUCAGCUUUGCUCCCCAGUGUUUGACGCUCCGAUUCCUGAAGACGUUCUACUGAAUCCCGAGCUUUUUGAAGGAGGGUUUGCACCACAGUCAUUUGAUGAUUUUGGUUUGAUGGAGUUUGGCGACUGGCAAGGGCGAGGCUAUCAGUAA